AGAUUUGUCCGAGAACCAAUCCUAACAUGAAGAUCAUUUAUCUGCUGUUCGCAUUCCUUUUCCUUGCAUUCCUGUCUGAACCAGGUAAUGCCCAGCCCGUGUGUUAUAGUAGAAGAGGAAGCUGCCUUCAUGUCUGUCUACCCCCCUCUGUGGACCUUCAUAGAUUGGACUGUAGACAUGGAUGGACAUGCUGUAGACCCCACUAUGGAAAAUAAUGCCAUCUCCAUCUACCACCCUGGACAUCUUCAAGAUAUGGCUAACAACCUGAGAUCACCGCCUGCUAUCGCUUUA